AUGGAAUACGAACUUCGACCGGUAAGAGCCUCUGCCCAGCAAGAAAAAUCCGGAGAAAUCUACCACCAACCAACACCAGCUUCACCCUCGGAUGCUAGCAUCUCUCCCAUCGAAGGAAAUGUCGUCUCCGAAACUGCGAGUAUCCGUCAGCAUGAUAAAGUUGUGACAGGAUGGAUGCCGCUCGUUCUGCGCCCCUGGUCCCUCUUUAUAUUCCUACUCGUCUUUAUUGGAAUCUUCAUCACCUUGAUCGGAUUGUAUGUGAGGUCAAAACGGGAGCAGGGACUCAGCAAUGAACGGGAGAGUAGGCAUUAUUUAUGGACCUACGGCCCCACUGCCGUUUUCAUCGUCUUGGCAGCGUUCUGGCGGCACCUUGACUACCAGGUCAAACUGCUUAUGCCAUAUGUUGAACUCGCGAAAGGCCCGAAGCACGCAAAGCUCACGGUUAUGCUGGAUUAUAUAUCCCCUUUCCAACCUGUCGCAUUUUGGUAUGCGUGUAAGAAUCGACACUGGUUGGUUAUUCUUUCUGCGACUGCGUUUGCAACAUUAAAGAUUGCAGUUAUCUUUGCUACAGGGUUAUUCAUCCUGCAAGGGACGGCGUUACAAACUGCGGAUAAAGACUUUUUAAGAUAUCAGAACCAGUUUUCUGCAGUGGGGUUCAAGCCUGAUGUUGAUGCCCGUGCCAGUUUAACGGUGUUUGGAGUCACUGCACUAAACCUGUCCUACCCGGCGGGGACGAGUCACGACUUUGCAAUCCAAACCUUUCGCAAUUUUGGUAAUGUACCACUGGAUAAUAUUGCGUCCAUAUCCGUUCCAGCGGAUGUAUUCUCCGCAAAGCUAGAUUGUCAGCCCGCCCGGUUGGAGUGGAUCGACGAUAGGGAUCUGGUCAACGAGAUAACACCAUUAUCUCAGUUUUAUAAUACAACCGCGUUCGUCCCGGGCUGUACACUGAAAAAGAUCAGACUUGAUGCACCAGGCUGGUUGGGGAAUGAUACGCAGCAGGGGUACUAUGGAAGGGUCCAGAACUCGACUUGCCAGGAAAUACAGGAUCCGGUUGCUGCGAACAGACUUUUCGUCGGUAUUGCAUAUUCAACCCGAUUCAACUACCUUAAUAGCCUGAAGAAUUACACGGCCUUCGUGUGUACUCCCUCGUAUACAAUUCAGAGAAAUGAAAUCACAAUACCACACAACCGUCUCAACGAUUACUCUCAGAUAUCCAGUUUGCGACCGCUAAGCGACGCCUCAAGUAUACCGGGAUUCACAUCAAAAGACCUUACAGAUGCGGUCUACGCGGCACUCGCUGCAUCAUACAGCCAACUGAAUAAUGGAGGCUGGGACAAGACAUUUGACCCAUUCUUUACGUUGAUGUCCGCAAUACAACCUCAGUUGAACUAUACUGCUUUCAUGGAACCAGACAUCCUCAAACCGGCGGCCGAAGAUCUUUAUAUGACCCUCGCAGCCCAGAUCGCAGGUAGUUCGCUUACGCAGCCAACAUCUGAUACCACUAUCGUCGAUGCCACCGUCUCAAAGAUUCAACAACGGCUUAUCCUUCGGCCCGUGUCGGUUAUUGUCAUGGAAAUAAUUGUGGCAAUCUUGAUAUUCAUUACAAUCCUCCUGAGUGUCAUGAUUCCACGGCAGGGCGUCGCACCACGAGACCCUAGCUCCAUCGGGGCGGUAGCUACCAUUCUCUCCCGCAGUAGGUCACUCGAGCAAUCAUUAUCCGGAACAUCCAAUCUCUCCGAGAAGGACCUCGAAAACUGGCUGCACCGCUACCGCUUUUAUUCAACCGUAGAAGCCACCUCUAGUGGUCGAAUUUUCAAAAUAGAACUAGCGGAUAUGCAUCCAGACUCGGGUGAUAGACAGCGCUACUCCGAUGAAACAAAGCUUCCCGAACCCGCUGAGAGAAGUAAAUGGUGGAAACCACUCGGUUUGAAGUGGUGGGUUAUAAUUCCACUAGUGGUCUUUCCUAUCGCUAUUAUAGUCGUCCUAGAAGUUCUUUACCGAAAGUCUGUUCGGGAUCAAGGGUUGGCUUACAUCCCUGAUGGUGGAUAUGUUCACUACACUUGGGUUUUCGUCCCGGCAUUCGUGAUGGUUGUCAUUGUUACGUUAUUUAACAUGCUCGACUAUGCCACCCGAUGUAUUGCACCAUAUCAAGCUAUGCGUGCCGACAGCACGGUAGCAAGUCGUGGGAUUUUAUACAAUCCUAAUGGAAAACUAACACUCCCCGCUCUCUGGUUCGCCAUCAAAGAGAAGCAUGUUACAGUCAUCGCCACCACAUUUGCAGUCUUAAUCGCCCCGGUACUUACGAUUGCUGUGUCCGGUCUCUUCUACUCACAGUUGGCGGCCAACGCAAGUACCCUUACAGUACAGCAAGAUACCUGGUUUAACGUUUCUUUCCCAGAUUACAAUGUCAAUACUACGGAUGACAUUAUUUCGAGUUUAAUCGUUAGUGGGAAUCUGUCAUAUCCCCGAUGGACCUACGAAGACCUCGCAUUUGGGGAACUAUCCGUGUUGAAUGAUACCACAGAAAAAAUGGAUGCUGCGGAUAGCGUUACGGUAUCAGUACCUGCUGUGAGGUCGGCGUUGAACUGCUCUAUUAUCCCUCGGGAAAGGCAUCUGGAGCUGCGGUUGGGGCAGGAAGAAACAAUCGAACGGGGCCAGAAUCUAACAGAGCUGCCAGUAUGGGUGAAUAUCAGCAUGCCGGACCAAUGCGGAAAUUCGGGGACGACAUCCAACAAUAUCACAUGGCUGACCGAUUUCAUCGAGCACCCGCAAACUGGAUACUUUGGCCACGUAGUACCUAUCUCUUCAUUUGAAGGCGAAAACUGUCCGAAGCUCGCAGUGUUCUACGGUAAAAUGAACAACAACAGAAUCGCGAAUUUCUCGACAUUGUUUUGCAGUGGAUACACGCAGAGCUUGGAGGUGGAGACAACUUUCUUGUUGCCCGACUUCAUGAUCGAUACUACGACACCUGGCGUAUCCCCACCUAAAAGGAGGGAGGAAACGGCACGGUGGUUUUCGAACCAAUCCGUUUCUAUCGAAUAUAGUUUCGCCACUUUGAAGGCCGAUUCAUCAUCUCCACAUAUUUUCGACGAUUUUAUCAGAGGUGUGGUAUAUGGAAAAAACGGGAUGCCACCGGAGGAGCUACUGGAUCCUGAAAGGCUUAUGGAAGGAACCGCAUGGCUAUACGCCGUAUCUGCCACACAGACACUAAACCAGGACACCCGAAUCCCAAAUCCAAAUGGAGCCACCAGGAUUGAGGGCGUGAGCAGGACUAGACCAAGGUCGAGACUAGUACAAUCGCUCGUGUCAACUCGAGUAUUGCAAGUCUUGCUCGCAUUUAUAAUGUUAACGACAGUAGUGGCUUAUAUCGGUGUCAAAGCCCGAGAAUUAUUGCCAAGGGAGAGUAACUCCAUUGCCACCGUUGGCGGGUAUCUGGCGGGUAGUGAUGUCCUGAGACUCGUCCCAGACGGCGCGGAAUGGGGCGCAGGUGGGAAAGGAGGCGGGACUGGCAGCGAAGAAGUCUUCGCAGGGUAUAUGUUUGGCUUCGGGUGGUGGGAAGAUACCGAAAGGGCGGGCAGGAGGAGGUACGGGGUGGGGAUCGGGAGAGGGGGCGGCAGGACUAGUCCGAGUUAA